GACCUUACUACAUCUAGCACCCAGUAUAAAUACCACCCAACUACCUCUCCCGAGCACAAUUAUCAAAGUCAAAAACAUACUAUAAACAAUCAAACAACCAACAACCUUACAAAAACAAUGACAGACAACCUCGCCGCCGAGCAAGCCGCCAACCUCCCCCGUCGCCGCAGAGCAAGUAGCGGCGAGCGCGACGACCGCCUCCAACGACAACCAGCAGACACCCGCACAACUAUCAACACCAGCAACCUGCGCAGCCGACGUAGUUCGCGGCGCCCUCCCACACCGAACCGGAUGGCAGGAGCUCAUUCGGGAUCUGGUGCGAAGAGACGGUCGAAAUCCAGGUCUAGGGCGCCAUCGAAGUCGAGGUCUAGGGAGAGGAGGGUUGGUGAUUGACUUGCGGUGCUUUGAUUGGGGUGAUGGGUUGAAAAUAUAUAUAUAUUGAGAUUGGACUUGGUUAAGGGGUUAAUGUUGUAUAUCUAUGUGCAUGCAUACAGGUUGAUAUGGGGUGGGUUUUAGGGCUAGUUGCCAGGUAAAGUGGAGUAGAAAGUUUUGGAUGGUGAUUUUCCCGCUGGCCAUACCGCUUUUGUGUACUGGCAAAAUACUAGGCGGUAAAUAAUCAUAUAUUAGAUGUUUCUACGAUAG